UUUUCCCGGUAGAUGAUUUUUCCAAGGAAAUCUAUCAUUUUCUCAAAGGUGAUUUCCUUGGAAGAAUAAUUUGCCUAUUUUUUUUCCAUCCUAAAUUCCUUAUUAUAGCAAAUCCACCUCCAUUCCUCUAUCUAGUUCUAUAACAUUCCCCUCAUAAUUUUGUAAAUAUUUUUUCACAUUUUUUUUCUUCCUAAACCCUCAUAGGCUCUCCCGGAUUUGCUAAUGCUACCCACCUAUAGUAAACGCGUCUCAAUUCAAUCUCUAAAGAGACGUAAAAGUUAGCUAAAAUCGAAUCGAAAACCCAUGGCGGAAUAUCUAUCGGUAAAAUCAACAUAUGAUCCAUACAAAUUGUGGAGUGAGGGUACAUGGAAUGGGUCGGAAAUGUUAUGCCAAGAACGGCCUUUAUAUUUAGGGUCUCUACCCAUAUGGGCCGACCAUCUCUAUCCUCAUGGGUCGGAUGCAUCUACAUGCAUUCUUCUACUUUGUUUAAUCUUGCUUAUUACUACAAUCACUUCCUUCCUCCUUAAACCUAUUGGCUUGCCUGCCAUGGCCAAAAUGUUUGGUGGUUUCUUGGUAAUUGGACUAUUAUACUCAAAGAAUGCCCUAGAGUUCAAAACAUUAGUACACCCAACAAUUUACUACUUCAUGAACACCUUCUCACUAUUAGGGUUCAUAUUCUACACAUUCAUAUUUGGUGUGGAAACAAACUUAUUAGCCUUAAUAAGAAAAGUAAGAAAAAAGGCAAUCAUCAUAUGUUUUUCAGGCUAUUUUACAUCAUUAGCACUUGGUUAUACAGGAUUCAUGAUGCUAAAAAUAAACCAGGAAGAAUUUCCUGGUUACAUAAGACAAAUGAUAACGAAUGCUCAAACCUUCUUCAUGGUUACAUGUAGCCAUGUCAAUGACCUAGGCAUAAGUAACUCCGAAAUAGGCCGUUUAGCUUGUGCAAUAUCUUUAGUCAUCGAUGUGUAUGGAAUGUUCUCGACUUUCCUCAUCUUCAAUGUCUACUUCCCUUUCCAAAACGAACAUUAUUCAUUACCAUUCUAUGUUAUCGCGGUGUAUCUAUUUAUGUUCUUCGUUUGUAGACCAUUGAUCUUGGUUAUUAUUAGUCACACCCCUGAAGGGCGUAGAAUGAAAGACACACAUUUCUUAGCCAUUAUCAUGAUUGUUCUUAUUUUAGCCCUACUUAGUUUACUGGUUGCUCAACCACUUCUGGUUUUCUUGUUCGCGGUUUUCCUACCUGAAGAGCCGCUUACCUCGAUUCUAAACGAGCGUUUGGAUCUGAUGAAUUCGAGUGUGCUUUUGCCUUUGUUUUGUGCAAUGCAUGGAUUCAUGGCUGAUUUUAAUUCUCUAGGGAAAAAGUCUAGGAUGAUCGAGUUUAUUGUGUUUAUGACUGUUACUGGUAAGUUCUUAGGAACUGUUAUAUCUUCCAAGAUCUUUGGUGUGCCUUUCUGGAGUGCUGUUUCGCUUGGCAUCAUUUUGUGCUCCGGUGGUUUCCUUGACAUGGUUAUGCUCGGAGUAUUUCGUCAUCAGGGGCUUAUGGACCCAGAACAAUACACAACAGUAAUGCUACAUAUUUUGUUAACUACCUGCAUAUUUUUACCCCUAGUUCGGUUCAUGUACAACCCAUCAACACAAUACUCAACAAUCUUAAGACAAGGUGUGAUCGCAUCAGCAGAAACCGGGAGUUUACAAGUACUAACAUGUAUCCACAAAGAAGAAAAUCUUGCUGGAAUUCUCCGUCUUAUCGAAGCAUUCAAUCCUCGAUACGAAAUGCCUCUCCCCGUCAUUGCUCUUCAACUCAUUCAACUCACUGGCCGCGUCACUCAACCUAUCCUCGCCCCCUUUCACGAGAUCCAAUCCUCGGCUGCUUUCCGGUCUAACAUCGGUCGUUGCAAUCGUAUAAUAAGUUCGUUGUUGAGUCUCGAACGUAGGACUGAUGGUGCUGCUCGUUUACAACAUUAUAUUUCUGUAUCUUCGUAUGCUACGAUGCAUAAUGAUAUAUGCAGCCUUGCGCAUGAUAAGAAAGUUAGUCUUCUUAUCAUACCUUUUCAUAUACAGUGGACUGCGGAAGGGAAUGUGGAACAUGUCUCUGAAUCUGUUAGAGAGGUUAACAAGUUGGUUUUUGAAAACGCACCGUGUUCUACAGGGCUGCUAAUCGAUCGAGGGGACAAGGAUGUGUCCUUACUAGACACGGAGUACCGCAUUGCUAUCUUCUUCAUAGGCGGGGCAGACGAUCACGAGGCGCUCGCAUACGCCACCUUAUUCGCUAGUCAUCCUAGCAUUAAGCUAACAGUUGUUUGGUUGAAGACUAAAAUGUCAGAAAGUAACACCCAUAGUUUUGACGACUAUGCAGUGCUACAAGAAUUUUACCACAAACUUCAGGGUAACGAGAGAAUGUCGUUACAGGAGGUGGUAGUCAAUGACGGGGCAGAGACGACGAAUGCUGUAAUCGCCGUAAAAAAUGAUAUUGAUUUAGCCGUAGUUGGUAGAUACCAUGAGCCCGGUUGUACUCCUUUGUUCGGGCUUACGGAUCGGUGGUGCGAGUACCCGGAGUUGGGGAUUCUCGGCGAUUUGCUUAUCACGCCGGAGUUUAACUUUUCGGUAUUAGUUGUGCAAGAAGAACCUCAUAAGACAACGGAAAAUGAUGAUCUAAUUGAUGAUUUUGUAAUGUGAUAAUAAUCAUGCCUUAAACAUGCACUAUAGCGUUGCUUUUUUUUUUUUUUUUUUGUAAUGAUAAUCUAGUUGAUGAUUUUUUGAUA